CGUAAUGCAUAACGAUCCGUUUUGAAUGUUACGCUUGCUUGAUUUUGUUUAUAAUCAUAUAUCUGUGGUGAAUUAAGGAAGUAAAAAAGUAUAUGCUGGAAGUCUGCACCACAUAGUCAGUUAAAUUGUAUUUUGUAUACGGACUUUGUUACUUACUGAGGAAGUUAAAAAAAAACUUGUGUGUGCAUAAAUGACACUUAAAAUGUAAUUUUAAUUGUAUAAAUGUUCUAAGAGCCUUGCAUUAGAACUUUUGAGGAUGACCCGCGGAUUAACUUUCAGUGAGGCGUUUUGGGACAGUGAUAUUAUAGGGACGUAUGGCUGGGAGACGUUGUGCAGACGUAUGAAAGAGGGCAGGAAAGUUUGCACUGAAGUUGCCCAUUACCUGAAGGAUAGGGCGAAGGCCGAGGCAGACUAUAGCAAAGCCUUACAAAAUCUAGCAAGGAAGGCUGAUGGUAAAGAGGAAACUGGGGUACUUGGUGAGAGCUGGAGAAACCUGAAAGCACAAACAGAGAGAAUUGCCUCCGUGCACGAGGAAGCAUCGAGCCUCUUCAGUAGUUACAUGGAAGAAGUAACUAAAUUUAACGAGGAACAAACCAGAGUGAAAAAACAGACGGAAGAAAAUGUGAAGAAGUACAUACAAAGCAAGAAGAAUGAAUUUCAGAAAACAAUGUCAUUGAAGAAGACAUACGAAGAUAAAUGCAAAGAUUUCAAUAACGCCGAAGAAACUCUGAAAACUGCCAAGUCGUCUGUUACAACGAAAAAGAAUGAACUAGAAAAGGCAGAGUCGAAGGUGAAUAAAGCGAAAGACAAUCGUGAAAAUGCAGACAUGGCAUAUCGCAGUAGCGUAGACAAUUUAGAAAGCACAAGAAGUACGUGGGAACGGGAAACUAUUCAAGGAUGCAAUCAAUUUGAAGAUUUGGAAGUAAAGCGAAUAGAGUAUUUACGUGACUUGUUGUGGCGAAUAACAAACGUGGAUUCAACUGUUUGUCUCAAUCACGACAACUGCAGCGAGAGUGUUCGUAAUAUUUUAGAAAACUGUGAUGUCGCAACAGAUAUUCAAGAUUUUAUAGAAAAUAACAAAUCUGGAAGCAAAAAACCAGAUCCUGUACUCUAUGAGAACUAUUAUAAUGGAAAGGCACUACCCCCAAGUCGACCGCCGGCAGGACUUCCACUGGCACUCCCGAAACAGGCUCCGGCACGACCGCCCGUGAAACCACCUUCACCGACCAGACCUCCACCUAGACCAAACUUACCAGAUGACGGACUAUAUGCAACAGUGGAUCCUGCGGCCAAUACCAACAGUAAGAAUAAGGCAAUAUAUCUGCAAGUAGUGCGUGAACAUCAAAAAACUAACUCGGUGUCCGUCUCUGAGCUAGCGGUUAGUGUUGGAGACAUUUUGGAAUACAUAGGAGAGACACACGUUCCGGGAAUGGUCAAAGUUAAAAACAACAACAGACUUGUUGGCUUUAUACCUAAAACAUGUGUCAAGGUGUAUGACCCUGAUACUCCCUUGAUUACUUUUUAAACAAAAUUUGGAUAUAAUAUCAGAUUAUUUAAAUAUGUGAAUGUCUUGUCCACUACAAACAAACGCAAAAUCUCGAUAGACAAUGUUUUGACAGCAAUAAAGCCAUUUAAAGUGUAAUAAACUGAACUUCCAUUUCCGACAAGAAAAAUUCUCCUGUUUUCAUAUUAUAUUUAUACGUACUGUUUAUGGGAAAGCAUUUCGCUGUUUAUAUGCUAAAAUUGGGUAUGAAAAGCUAAUAUAUUGCAAUAUUUUCAUGUCAUUUCGACAGUAUUUUAUAUUAUACAUGUAGUUGCCACCAUGUGCGCUUCAAUAAAUUUUAUGGUUUUUUUUAUA